CCAGUCAAGUCAGGCUAUCUAUACAGCCGGAGACUGAACAUGUGUUACAAGAAGCACACCGACCCUAAACCGUGGACCGACGCCAAGACAGCAUGCUCAGCAGUGGGGAGCUACCUCGUCAUCAUCAACAGCGCUGAACGGAACCAAUUCAUGUACGACAUUGCUGCAGAUAUAAGGCGGUUUUGGACAAGCGGGAAUAUACUGGAAACAUCAUGGAGAUGGGGAGACAACUCUUCAAUUGUUGAGCCCACAUUCUGGAGCCCCGGGGAACCCGAUCAAAUUGAAGCCCAAAAAUGUCUGGCCUUCUUUGACCCGAGCCUUCCCAACAGCUGGCACACCGGUGCAUGCAGCCACCUUCUACCCUUCGUCUGUGAACUAGCGAUGUAGACAGUUGCUGACACACAUUUAAGUGAUCUACUAUUUAAUAUUUUUGUGGAAUGUUUGUAUUAUACCCCUGACUAUGUAACUGGCAUAAUCGUAACUGUCUCGCUAAACAAAACUGAAGGAAUGCUGUUGCGUCCUUCGGCGAUGCUGGGAUUCGCUGGUCGUCUGUUCGAAUCCCAAAUUCGUCCUGACAAUAAUUGUCCUGAUUUUGAUCCUUACUGAGACAGAAUCAUACCCGUGGUUGGUUCAGAAAAAGUCCCCAAACUUCACUUGAUGAGCCCAUAUUCUGGAAAAACCGGACGUUGAUAGUGCAGCCCAACAAUGUCUGGCCUUCUGGGACCCGAGCCUCCCCAACAGCUGGCAUUCUAGUAACUGUUACAGACAUAUGACGGGCUAUGUCUAUGAAAAGGCUGUGUAGAAACGUUUGUGCUUCAGUAACAUACGUGUGAGGCGUCAUAUAUAGUUGUACAGUAAACUACGGUUAUAACGAACUAAAAGAGACCACUUUGUUUAGUUCGUUAUAACCGCAGUUCGUUACAGGUACAUAUUCAGCUUAUAUACAGCAAAUGGACGGGACCUCCAAACAGUUGGUUAUAUCCGUCUGUUCGGUAUAAGCGUGUUCGUUAUAAACGUAGUUUACUGUACUUUCAAUUUACUUGUAAUUUGCGAAAGCCAUUAUCUGUUGAUGAAAAACUCUAUUAUCUAUUAUCGAUAACUUAAUCAGUUAACGUUAUGUCUGAUGGUCUUAUUUUAUAUGUCUGUAUUGCCCUUACCUUCAGUAUGCAGCAUUGUGUUUGAUCCAAAGGCCUCGUAUACAAUAAACUGAACUGAACUGAA